AUGUCCCACCCUCAACCGGUGCCUCGGCCGCCCGACAAUGUGGAACCUGAGGAUGAUGGCCUGCUGGACGCAGAUGAGGCUGCGGAGGAGAUAAUAGACGACGACCCUGAUCACCCAAUGGACGAUGAAGAGGACGAAGAGAUGGAGGGGGAAGAACAAGAAAUCCAACUGCAAAACGACUCUGCCGCGCACUUCGACUCCCACACAGAUAGCAUAUUCUGCAUAGCGCAACACCCUACCAACCCAUCCAUCGUGAUCACAGGGGGCGGCGAUGACGUUGCAUACCUUUUUAACGCAUCGAUACCUAGCACGAAUCAAUCCACCAGCACCCCUCAGGGCGAGAGAAAAGGCAUUCAACCGAUUCAAAAGCUGGACGGGCAUACCGACUCGGUCAACGCAGUGUCCUUCACAUAUCCCCGGGGCGAAUACGUGGUAACUGCGGGUCUCGACGGAAAAUUGCGCACAUGGAGGACAUCAGAACCCUCGGGAUCCAAACAAUGGACAUUCGUCGCCGAAACCGCCGAAGUAGAAGAGAUCAACUGGGUUGCACCAUGUCCCAACAAGGAUCAUGAGAAUGUAAUAGCCCUUGGUGCCAAUGAUGGUUCAGUUUGGGUCUAUCAGAUCAACGCCGACGACAAAGCCAGUCCUCUCACAAUCGUUCAGGCGUUUUACCUCCACACUGCAUCGUGCACCGCGGGAGCGUGGACGCCAGAUGGUUCACUCCUGGCGACAGUCUCAGAAGAUGGCAGUCUGUAUGUCUCUGACGUCUUCUCCACAGGCCAGGCAGUCGUCUCAUUCACCGCCGCAGACCAACGCUUUGAGGUUGAGGGAGGUCUCUACAGCGUGGCAUGCACUCCAUCUAUGGUUGCCGUGGGCGGCGCAGGCGGAAACAUCAAAGUCGUCGGUCUGCCACAGCCGGCCGAUCAGGCAAAGAAGACUGGGGGCUCUAAAGGCGCCGGGAAACAAUCGCAGGCGUCUUCAUCAGGACAAAUCCUCGCUUCUCUGCAAGUGCAAUCAGAUGGUGUCGAGACCCUUUCCUUCUCCUCUCCUCCCCUCAAUAUCCUUGCCUCGGGAAGUGUCGAUGGUUCAAUAGCCCUUUUCGAUACAGCUCAUCGCUUUGCGGUGCGGAGACAUAUAAAAGAAGCGCAUGAAGAGUACGCCGUCGUCAAAGUCGAAUUUGUCCGAAACCCGCAAAAAGGUGGAUGGCUCUUGACCACCGCGGGUAUGGACGGUGUUGUCCGGAGAUGGGAUGUGAGGGGCGGAACGACGGCGGCAGGCCAAGGGUUCGUUCAGGAGUGGAAGGGACACAGAGGGGAGGGAGAAGGGGGCGGCGUUUUGGGGUUCGUCCAAGGUGGCGGUGGGAGCAGAAUUGUCACGGCUGGUGACGACGGUGUUGCAUUGGUAUUCAAGGCGGACAUUGCAUGA